AAGCAAUCAUUUCUCAUUCUCUCUGGCUACAUUCCUGCAGCCAUUGAGGAAUACUGUGUGAGCUGUGAUUGGUCACAGCUUGUCACAUGGUACAAGGCUGCUGUGAAUAGCCUUGUACCAUGUGACCUCUGUGAUCAUUCACAGAUUUCACACGUAGUAAGCAAUGAUGUCAGAAGUGACAUCUUGCUUACUACUCUGCAUGUGAUCACUGAUUGGCGAAUCAGUGAUCACAUGAUCGGGACCUUGCACAGAGGUCCCGCACUGCAUCGCAGUGCUGCGUGCUCCCAGUCCAAAAUGGCGGGUGCCGUUUAU